AUGAGAUGGAUUAUUGGGAAUGGUCAUAACAUAAAAUUUUGGACCUUCAAUUGGAUCUGUGAUUUCCCCUUGAUUCACUUGGUUGAUGACACUAGCAGAGCCUCUAUAGAUCUAGACGAGUCUGUUUCAGAUUAUUUAGUUAAUGGAGUGUGGAAUAUUGAGAAACUCUCCCAUUAUUUAGAGUCUUCGAUCCAUAAUGAUGUUUUGUUCAGGGACUCGGGGUUCAGUCCGGCUUCUGUGGUGCAUGCUUCAGCCUCAUUUUGUGCUGCCUACAGGACCCAUAACCCCCGUUCUGUUACGACUUCUAAUAGCUUAAGUGAAGUCAUUAAAUGGCACCCGCCGCCUGAAAACUUUGUCAAGCUCAACUUUGAUGGGUCUGUUUCUUCUUCCAACCUUGCUGCUGCGGGCUUUGUUAUUAGAAACCACUUUGGUGACCCCAUUGUUGCUGGUUCGAGGUCAAUUGGAUCUUCAACGAUUCCUUUGGCUGAAGGUACAGCUCUAAAGGAUGGCCUGUUAGCGGCUAAGCGUUUCAACCUGGACCAUAUUUUAGUGGAUGGUGACUCGUCCCUAAUCAUCAACUGUGUCAACCUCAAGUGUGAAGCUCCCUGGAUGUUAAAAUCUCUCCUCCAAGACAUAGCUUCUAUUGCUAAUUCCUUUGCCAGCAUCUCCUUCUCUCAUGUUCUUCGGGAAGCGAACUUCUUAGCUGUUGCUGUUACGUCUAUGGGAUCAGGCUCGUCUCCUAGAGUUUGGCUGCAGUGUCUCCCUAUUUUGGCUCUCCGUGCCCUUUACUGGGACAAGUUUAGCUUUGGUUGCCUGAGGGGCUUUUCGUUGUAA